GCGGGAAACCAAAAUGGCGAAGGGCUGUAGCGAAGUGAGCUGUGUUUGAGGCCGGUGUAAGGACGCUCACUCUAUCCCCAACCCUUGUCCCCAGGACCUCGGUUUGUGCGUGUGUAUGUGUGGGGUGCCUGGUGGGGCGGGUGCCCAGUAAGUGCUCGGACUCGCAGGGGAAGCGCCCACGGGGACAUUAUUGGUUGUUUUUUCCUGUAUGAAGCGGUUGGCACCACUGAAGUGACCGAAUGAGGUAAAGCUCAAGACUUUGUAAGUCCUACAUCACAUACAAAGAGCUCUGAAUUCUUAUAACUUCAAUCUUAAAUAUCACUGGACAACUAAGAAUCACUAAUUCGUUGAGGAAGGCCUGAUGCGUGAAAGGAGAGCCCAAGAUAAACAGAUGGAUAGACAAUGGAAAGGGUUUACUGAGAGCUGAACAGAGACUCUACAGGGGCAGGUAAUUCACUGGUCCACAAGCGGUCUCCUUUACGUCGAAACCAAAAGACCCCAACAUCCUUGACCAAGCUGUCUUUACAGGAUGGACAUAAAGUCAAAAAGCCAGCAUGUAAAUUUGAAGAGGGUCAGGAUGUCCUAGCUAGAUGGUCAGAUGGCUUGUUUUAUCUUGGAACUAUCAAAAAGAUAAACAUAUUAAAACAGAGCUGCUUCAUCAUAUUUGAAGACAGUUCUAAAUCCUGGGUUCUCUGGAAGGACAUUCAAACAGGAGCCACUGGAAGUGGGGAAAUGGUCUGUACAAUAUGUCAAGAAGAGUAUUCAGAAGCUCCCAAUGAAAUGGUUAUAUGUGAUAAGUGUGGCCAAGGAUAUCAUCAGUUGUGUCACACACCUCAUAUUGAUUCCAGUGUGAUUGAUUCAGAUGAAAAAUGGCUGUGUCGACAGUGUGUUUUUGCAACAACAACAAAGAGGGGUGGUGCACUUAAGAAAGGACCAAAUGCCAAAGCAUUGCAAGUCAUGAAGCAGACAUUACCCUAUAGUGUGGCAGACCUUGAAUGGGAUGCAGGUCAUAAAACCAAUGUCCAGCAAUGUUACUGCUAUUGUGGAGGCCCUGGAGACUGGUAUUUAAAGAUGCUACAAUGCUGCAAAUGUAAGCAGUGGUUUCAUGAGGCUUGUGUGCAAUGCCUUCAAAAGCCAAUGCUAUUUGGAGACAGGUUUUAUACAUUUAUUUGUUCUGUCUGCAGUUCUGGACCAGAAUACCUCAAACGUCUACCAUUACAGUGGGUAGAUAUAGCACACCUAUGCCUUUACAACCUAAGUGUUAUUCACAAGAAGAAAUACUUUGAUUCUGAACUUGAGCUUAUGACAUACAUUAAUGAAAAUUGGGAUAGAUUGCACCCUGGAGAGCUGGCAGACACACCAAAAUCUGAAAGAUAUGAGCACGUUUUGGAGGCAUUAAAUGAUUACAAGACCAUGUUUAUGUCUGGGAAAGAAAUAAAGAAGAAGAAGCAUUUGUUUGGGUUGCGAAUUCGAGUUCCUCCUGUGCCACCAAAUGUGGCUUUCAAAGCAGAGAAAGAACCUGAAGGAACAUCCCAUGAAUUUAAAAUUAAAGGCAGAAAGGCAUCCAAACCUAUAUCUGAUUCAAGGGAAGUAAGCAAUGGCAUAGAAAAAAAAGGAAAGAAAAAAUCUGUAGGUCGUCCCCCUGGCCCAUAUACAAGAAAAAUGAUUCAGAAAACUGCUGAGCCACCUUUGGAAAAGGAAUCAAUUUCAGAGAAUCCUACCUUGGAUUUACCUUGUUCUAUAGGGAGAACUGAGGGAACUGCACAUUCAUCCAAUACCUCAGAUGUGGAUUUCACGGGUGCUUCCGGUGCAAAAGAAACUACCUCGUCUAGCAUUUCCAGGCAUUAUGGAUUAUCUGACUCCAGAAAAAGAACUCGUACAGGAAGAUCUUGGCCUGCUGCAAUACCACAUUUACGGAGGAGAAGGGGUCGUCUUCCAAGAAGAGCACUCCAGACUCAGAACUCAGAAAUUGUAAAAGAUGAUGAAGGCAAAGAAGAUUACCAAUUUGAUGAACUCAACACAGAGAUUUUGAAUAACUUAGCAGAUCAGGAGCUACAACUCAAUCAUCUAAAAAACUCCAUUACCAGUUAUUUUGGUGCUGCAGGUAGAAUAGCAUGUGGUGAAAAAUAUCGAGUAUUGGCUCGUCGGGUGACACUUGAUGGAAAGGUGCAGUAUCUUGUGGAAUGGGAAGGAGCAACUGCAUCCUGACUGUAGGACUGAACAUUAUGUUCACUGCACUCUCAUUUUCUGUAGGUACAGUUCAAAGCCCUAAAGGAGUCUGGCUUUUACUAUCUUUCUUAAAAAAAAAAAAAAUAAAAAGUCAAAAAAAUUCACAAAAGGAAAUGAUACUAGCCUUAACAUGUACCUGUCAAUGUUAUGGAUAUUGUCAUAAAAAGCUAUCUUUUAAAAAUCAGAACAGAGACUUAAUUUUUUUAAAUCUUAAGAUUUGUAGAAUGUUUCUAGGAUAGGAUAUUAAAAAUGAUUCAAACCCAUGCAUGGUGUUAGAUAAUUUUUCUAAUUAUUCCAUUGAGUCAGUUUUUGUGAUUAGUGGUUAUCAGAGCAAACAGAUCAUGUAGAUAGAUAGCACAAGUAUUUGGAGAAACAUUGUCUGUUUUGUUACCAAAAUGUUGGAAAAAGUUUAUUUCAAUACCUUUUAGAUUUCACAAAGUGCAGUGUAUAUAAUGCCUACUAAAAGAUUGUAAAAUAUUGAAAUUUUCUUUCAAGCAAAGUGUAAAAAAUAUAUUGAGCCUGUAAAUUGCUCUGUGACUAGACUUCAUUGUCGUCUUAAUAUAUUCUUUGCAUGUGCAUAUAUAUACACACAUGUGUAUAUAUAUGUGUGUGAUUAUGUGACCUAUGCAAUACAAAUUAUGGGAAUGGGCAGCUUUGGAGUAUAUAUCCCAUAAUUCUUUUUUCAGGAAUAGUUGCAGUAUUUACACAGCAGCAUUUCUUCUCAGGCUUUUAUUGGGUGCUGUUGCUUGCUAUGUAUGAAGAGAAAUGUGUCAAACAAGUUUAGUGUGUUCUGAAGAAGGGUGUGAACAACAGUGUUCAUGGGCUUUUAGAAUGCUUUUCACUUUCAGUCCUUGUAACUCAGCUGUUCAGUACCUAAAACAAAUUCAAAUAAUAUGAACAUUAUCUCCUACUAGAAGUAACGUUUUCAAGUUUUCAUGGCACAUUAUGAUUGUAAAUGUCUCUCAGUUUUAACAGUAAGUCUGUAGGAGUCCCGUGAAGAUUCCUGAAAUGUCUGUAGUAACUGUUAGUCAUGUUGAAUAAGUGUAGUAUGAACAAAGUAUUUUAUUGCACAGGGUUAACAAACAGUAUGGUGCCUGCCAAGGCUACCGCUGUUUUAUUACAACAUUACCUCUUGUUUUUAUAAAAUGUACCAAGAUUUAAAUUGAUAACUUUAUUUUACAUGUAAAAAAAACAGUUUCUUUUAUCACCAGUGUUAGAGUUGUCUUCUGUUUCUUUUUGUUUUGUUUUGUUUGUUUGUUUUCUUUUUUAGCCAAAGAGUAAACAGAAGAAUAUUCUUAUUUUGGUGGCUAUUCAUUUCACCCUUAAAAGUGAUUGGUGGAUUUUAGCCUAAAAAUUGGGGAAUUUGCCGCCAAAAUGAAAAAUAUGUAAAGUGUAGUGAUUACAGAGUGGUAAAAAUGUGGGUUAGUACUUAUUUAUUCCAUUGAUUGAUUAUUUGACUGUUUAUAAAGAAAGUUGCUUUAUUUCUUUAAACAUCUUCAAAAGAUGAUCUUUUCUUGUCACAUUAUAGCCAAAAGAAGCAGAGAACUUCGUUGUCCUGCAUUUGGUUCCUGGUUGGCCAGGUAUAAAUGAGCUUUACAAAAGUGCAAAUUAAAAACUGUCACUUCUGUUUACCUCCACCAAAACUUGAUUUUCCCCUAGCUAUUAAUUUAAAGUUGCCUUUCCUGCAGCUGCAAUAUUUUGAAUAACACACAGAGUUUGUGUUGAUUUUGAAUGUUUGUUUAUAUCUAGGGGUAAUGUAAAAUGUAAAUCCCGUGUAACCUUAUUCACUCCACCUGUAUACAUAUUAUUUCAUUUUCCCCAAAGUCCUUUAAUUCUAACUGAACACCAGCAGUAUUUUUAGUAACUUUUUCUUUAGCAUACUUGGAAGAUGAUUUAUUAAGCUGAACUGUCUUUAGACGUAAUUAUUGUGAAUGUCUGUUUUAUUUUAUCAUGGUGGUUCACAUGGCUCUGAUGUUCAGUUUGUAUUUUUGGAAUUGCUUUACUUAGAAUUAAAACAGACCAACAUUAAAUGUGUGUAUUUUUUAAAGAGCUAAUGAGUUUUGCUUCUGUAUUUGCUUGAAAAUACACACUGGUGCAGUGGAUGACUGCCUUUAUUUAGCCAGGGAGCUAAGGAUUUUUCAGUUUCAUUGUAAAUAUGUUCACUGGAAUUAAUCUUUAUAAAACUUUGCUUACAUUUUCUUUUUGUCCCCAAAAUAAUAUAAUAAUUAUUGCAUGUUCAUCUUAAGUGAUCCUUUAAAAAAAUAAACUAUUUAGCCAGCUUGUA